CUAGCUAGCUAGCCGGAGAGCGCAGCUCAUCCAUUGGGUCAGGUGUGCGUGAAUUUCUCGAGGUCCACACACUUUAAUUUGUAGUUGUAGCCUGCUACAAUGUUGCAAACCUCUGCAGCAGCGGCGGCGGUGCUGAUGCUGGUGAUGGCGGCGCUGCAGCCCCGGGCGGCCGCAGCAGCAGCCACGGCGCCGCCACCGCAGCAGGCACCGGUGAUAGGGCAGCCCAACUGCACCACCACGUGCGGGAACGUGAGCGUGCCGUACCCCUUCGGCCUCGGGCCCUCCCGCUGCUACUGGCGGGGGUUCAACCUCACCUGCGACACCAGCCACAACCCACCCCGGCUGCUCCUCGGCGACGACGUCGACCUUCGGGUCGCCGACAUCUCCCUGGAGAACGCGACGGUCCGCGUCAUGCGCGCCGGCUCCAUCAUCAACGUGACCGGGGACGCCAUCACCUCCGACGGCGCCUGGAGCGUCCCCUUCGGCCGCGCCUUCACGGAGCGUGGCUACCUGCUGUCGUUUGUGAACAAGCUCGUCGUCUUCGGGUGCGACGUUGUGGCGACGCUUCUCGCGCAAGGCGGCGCCGACGACGGCGAAACCGCCCCGGGACUCAUCGGCGGCUGCGCCAGCUUAUGCACAAAGGCGCGCAGCGACGACGAGAUCUCCACAAACACGCACGACGUGACAGGGAUCACAAGGCAGUGCACCGGCACCUCAGGCUGCUGCCAGUCGCCCGUCACCAUGAUCACCACGCCAAGUGAAGUGCAGGCCAAGCGAAUCUACAGCGGAAGCACCGCCACCGCCGCCGCCGUAGAGCAGAAGAAAAAUUUGCCAGUGAACGUCUUCGUCGUUGAGGAGGGGUGGUUCGACCAGCUCAACUGGUCGGUGCGCGCCGACGAGGUCAAGGAGGCUCCCUUCAUUCUCCAAUGGGGCGUCACGUCGGGCCUGCCUCAAGCCCCGCGACACUGGGGCCAAUGCGAUGACGGCGUACACCGCAUGCUGUGCAAGAGCAAGCACAGCUUCUGCUCGACCGCCUUCCCAGCGGAAGGCUAUAAGUGCGGUUGUGACAAUGGUUACCAAGGCAACCCUUACCUCCCCGGCGGAUGCCAAGAUGUCGAUGAGUGCAGUCUCCCACCUGAACAGAAUGGGUGCUUCGGCGAAUGCAUCAACACGAUCGGGAACGGAGGCUUUACGUGCCACUGCAACAAGGGCUACCAGGGCAACCCUUACAUCACUGAUGGAUGCAAAGAUAUCGAUGAGUGCAACAUCACAACAACAAGGUGCUUCGGCGGCGUCUGCAAGAAUUUGCCUGGAAAAUUCAAGUGCCAAUGCAAUCUAGGAACAUUUGGAAACCCCUACAAGCCACACGGUUGCAUCAGCUUAUCCAAGGUCUUGUCUAAGUUCAUAACCAAAAAUAAAAUUGCUUUGUCAGCUGCUAGUGGCCCAGUGCUUCUGCUCGUGGUUCUAGGAAUAAUGUUAGUACCCCGUAAGAUUGAGCAGCAUAAGAUGAAGAUAAUGAAACAAAAGCACUUCAAGCAAAACCGUGGACAAUUGUUGCAACAGUUGAUAUCACAAAAUGCAGACAUUGCGGAGAGGAUGAUCAUACCACUGGAUGAGCUUGCAAAGGCAACAAAUAACUUCGACAAAUCUCGUGAGCUUGGUGGUGGAGGGCAUGGUACUGUUUACAAAGGAAUCUUGUCGGACCUACAUGUCGUAGCCAUCAAGAAGUCAAAGAUUACUGUCCAGAAAGAAAUAGAUGAGUUCAUAAAUGAGGUAGCAAUCCUCUCACAAAUCAACCAUAAGAACGUGGUCAAACUCUUUGGAUGUUGCUUGGAGACCGAGGUGCCAUUGUUGGUUUAUGAGUUUAUUUCCAAUGGAACCCUUUAUCACCAUCUCCAUGUUGAAGGACCAAGGUCACUAUCAUGGGGCAAUAGGUUGAGGAUCGCAACUGAAAUAGCUACUUCUCUUGCCUAUCUUCACUCAGCAGUUUCAACCCCAAUAAUCCAUAGAGACAUCAAGUCCAGUAAUAUACUUCUUGAUGACACAUUGACAUCAAAGAUAUCGGACUUUGGUGCUUCAAGAUAUAUUCCGGUGGACCAAACAGGGUUGACAACAAGGGUUCAAGGAACAAUAGGAUACUUGGAUCCAAUGUACUUUUGCACCAGUCGCCUUACCGAGAAAAGUGAUGUCUAUAGUUUUGGUGUAAUUCUCAUGGAGCUGCUCACUAGGAAGAAACCAUUCUCAUUUCUAUCCACCGAAGGUGAUGGCCUUGUUUCCCAUUUUCUCAACCUACUUGAUGAGGGAAAUCUCGUCCAGAUAAUAGAUCCACAAGUUACAGAGGAGGGAGGCCAAGAAGUCCAAGAAGUUGCUAUGCUUGCAGCAUCCUGUAUAAACUUAAGAGGUGAAGAAAGGCCAACAAUGCGACUGGUGGAACAUACCCUAGAGGGACUACGGGGUUCCAAGAUGUAUAAGAAUGAUGAUAUAGUAGCAGUAGAAUUUGGAAAUGAUAGAAUUGCGGUUAAUUGUCUGCCAUCAACUAAUGAAGGCCAAAGAUUUCAAGAAUCAAGCAGAAGAUACAGUAUGGAGCAGGAGAUGAUGAUGUCUGCGAGGUACCCUCGGUAGCACUGUGUGCUCUGUGCCUUAUGCAUUAGCAUAAGAGAUUAGUUAACUUCUCCUAGCAGUAAUUUGAUGUGUGAUGAUAAUAUUAGCGGGAUCCUCUCA